GACUUAUUUGUUAGCGGUGCUUUGAUGGGGGGCAGUUUCAACUUGGUAAAACGGCCCCCAAAAACCUGGGAUUCGCCUCUGCUCGAAGGACAACUGGAGGUUGUUGAAUUCACAACCAUAUAGCUGAGCGCUUCUCCCGCAGCAAGAGCUAAUCUGGCCCAGGCUGUGCGGGUUUUUCUUUUUUUUUUUUUUUUCUAGCCUGUCUGUGUUGAAGCAGCUGCAGGAGGCAGCGGCACCCUGCGCCCAGGUAGACGCAGCCAAUAGGAGCGCAGGAGGGAGGGCUGAGCGGCGAAGAGGCGGUCUGCGGCGCUACAGCCACAGCACACCUUCAGAUGGAGAUGAAGUAACAGCGGCGGCACAGCUACAGAAGGACGACAGCGACCGAACCGCGGAUUCCGGACGUGUUUUUUUUUUUCCUCUUCCACCUUCUCGCUCUCCCUUCAGGUUUGGGGAGGGGGACAAAACAGGUGACUGAGACACAUCGACCGGCCGGGAGGGUCCACCCGGUGAAAGCAAAUUAAAAAAUUAGCGUGACCAACCUCGCGCACCUUACUACUUCCAACUACAUGCAUUUGGACCUGAACAUCUGAAGCCUCGUCCAACCAAGAUGGAAAAUGCGCACACUAAGUCUGCGAGCGAAGUUUUAGACAACUUCAGCGUGAACGAAAUCACCGGACUGACCCUGGAGCAGGUCCACGCCAGUCUGCAGAAAUAUGGACCGAACGAGCUCCCAGCCGAAGAAGGGAAAUCCUUGUGGGAGUUGGUGGUGGAGCAAUUUGAGGACCUCCUGGUCAGGAUCCUGCUGCUAGCUGCCUGCGUCUCCUUUGUGUUGGCUUUGUUUGAAGAGGGAGAGGAAACUACCACCGCCUUUGUAGAGCCUCUUGUUAUUCUGCUUAUCCUCAUUGCCAACGCUGUUAUUGGAGUAUGGCAGGAGCGGAACGCAGAGAGCGCCAUCGAGGCUCUGAAGGAGUACGAGCCGGAGAUGGGGAAGGUGUACCGCAUGGAUCGCAAGGCCGUCCAGAGGAUCAAAGCCAGAGACAUCGUCCCCGGAGACAUAGUGGAGGUGGCAGUUGGGGAUAAGGUGCCUGCUGACAUCCGAGUGACCUCGAUAAAGUCCACUACUCUACGAGUGGACCAGUCCAUCCUUACAGGGGAGUCUGUGUCCGUCAUCAAACACUCUGACCCGGUUCCUGACCCCAGAGCUGUGAACCAGGACAAAAAGAACAUGCUGUUUUCUGGCACCAACAUCGCUGCAGGCCGCGCCAUCGGCAUCGUCGUCGCUACAGGUGUCAACACCGAGAUCGGUAAAAUCCGCAACCAGAUGGCAUCCACGGAGCAGGAGAAGACGCCGCUGCAGCAGAAGCUGGACGAGUUCGGCCAGCAGCUCUCGAAGGUCAUCUCCCUUAUUUGUGUGGCCGUGUGGGUCAUCAACAUCGGCCACUUUGGAGACCCCGUCCACGGCGGUUCCUGGGUCCGGGGGGCAAUCUAUUACUUCAAGAUCGCCGUUGCUUUGGCUGUGGCCGCCAUCCCCGAGGGCCUGCCUGCCGUCAUCACCACUUGUCUGGCCCUGGGCACGCGUCGCAUGGCCAAGAAGAACGCGAUCGUCCGCAGCCUGCCGUCGGUGGAAACCCUGGGCUGCACAUCUGUCAUCUGCUCUGACAAGACGGGGACCCUCACCACCAACCAGAUGUCCGUCUGCAGAAUGUUCGUUACAGACAAGGUGGAGGAUUCAAGCUGCACCUUGCACGAGUUCUCCAUCACUGGUUCUACAUAUGCCCCCGAGGGACAAAUACUUAAAGGGAACAGACCCGUCCAGUGUGGGGACUAUGACGGUCUGCUGGAGCUGGCCACCAUCUGCUCCAUGUGCAACGACUCCUCGCUGGACUACAACGAGAGUAAAGGGGUUUACGAGAAGGUGGGGGAGGCCACUGAGACGGCCCUCACCACGCUGGUGGAGAAGAUGAACGUCUUUAAGACCGACCUGUCAGGACUCACCAAGGUGGAGCGCGCCGGCGCCUGCAACUCUGUAAUCAGGCAGCUGAUGAAGAAGGAGUUCACUCUGGAGUUCUCCCGUGACCGCAAGUCCAUGUCCGUCUACUGCACUCCUGUCAAAGCAGGAGCCCAGAGCAAGAUGUUUGUUAAGGGUGCUCCUGAAAGCGUGAUGGAGAGGUGCAACUACCUGCGUGUGGGAACGACAAAGGUUGCCAUGACGCCAGCCCUGCGCGAGCAGCUGAUGUGUAAGAUCAGGGAGUGGGGGUCGGGAAAGGACACCCUGCGCUGCCUCGCUCUGGCCACCCACGACACCCCGCCGCGCAAAGAGGACAUGGACUUGGAGAACUCCAGCAAGUUCGCAGAAUACGAGAUGGGCCUGACGUUCGUCGGCUGCGUCGGCAUGCUGGACCCGCCCAGGAAGGAGGUGAUCGGCUCGGUGAAGCUCUGCAACGAGGCCGGCAUCCGCGUCAUCAUGAUCACGGGAGACAACAAAGGCACGGCCGUGGCCAUCUGCAGACGCAUCGGCAUCUUCGGCGAGGAGGAGGACGUGAAGGGGAAGGCGUACACGGGCCGCGAGUUUGACGACCUGACGGCCGAGGAGCAGAGAGAGGCGGUGAAACGCGCCCGGUGCUUUGCCCGCGUCGAGCCAGCGCACAAGUCCAAAAUAGUUGGAUACCUGCAGUCGUUUGACGAGAUCACAGCCAUGACGGGAGACGGCGUGAACGACGCCCCGGCCUUGAAGAAGGCAGAGAUCGGCAUCGCCAUGGGCUCCGGCACGGCAGUGGCCAAGUCUGCGUCCGAGAUGGUGCUGUCCGACGAUAACUUCUCCACCAUCGUGGCUGCAGUGGAGGAAGGCCGGGCCAUCUACAACAACAUGAAGCAGUUCAUCAGAUACCUCAUCUCCUCCAACGUGGGAGAAGUCGUGUGCAUCUUCCUGACAGCCAUCCUGGGUCUCCCCGAAGCGCUGAUCCCUGUCCAGCUGCUGUGGGUGAAUCUGGUGACCGACGGGCUUCCUGCCACCGCCCUGGGCUUCAACCCCCCAGACCUGGACAUCAUGGACAAACCGCCCCGUAACCCAAAGGAGCCGCUCAUCUCCGGCUGGCUCUUCUUCAGAUACCUCGCCAUUGGAGGAUAUGUGGGACUUGGAACAGUGAGCGCAGCCACAUGGUGGUACCUGUUUGAUGAAGAGGGCCCACAGGUGUCUUUCUACCAGCUGCGACACUUCAUGCAGUGCACAGAGGACAACCCGAUGUUCAAGGACAUCGACUGCGAGGUGUUUGAAUCCCGCUACCCCACCACCAUGGCGCUGUCGGUGCUGGUCACUAUCGAAAUGUUCAACGCCCUCAACAGUUUGUCUGAGAACCAGUCCCUGCUCAGGAUGCCUCCCUGGGUCAAUAUUUGGCUGCUGGGAGCCAUCAUCCUGUCUCUGUCCCUCCACUUCCUGAUCCUGUACGUCGAGCCUCUGCCGCUGAUCUUCCAGGUGACCCCUUUGCGCUGGUCCCAGUGGAUCAUGGUCCUAAAGAUUUCCCUUCCUGUCAUCCUCCUGGAUGAAGCACUGAAAUAUAUGUCCAGGAACCAUUUAGAAGCAUAAAUUUUUAUCUCACCUUCUGUGAAAAGAUGACGAGGAGAAGAAAUAUCGCCGGAGAUGGCAGGAGAACUAAGGCCUCUCCCUUGUCGCAUUCACAUAGUUAGACACACACACACACACACAGCUACACUCUUCCUUUUUAUGAGCUAGGAACCUUUUCUGUCCCCGGCCCUCGUUCCCGUCCCCCCCUGCUUGUCCAAACACGUUGCCGCUGGAAAAAAAAAAACGACCUGAGAGAAACGGAGAGAGGGUUUAUGUUCCGGAUCGGUACGAGUGUUUGGGGGCUUGUGUGGGUGUCCGAGUAUGUGUUUGCAGAUGCACGACUUUUCUUUUUGAGCUGCGAGGAUGAGAAACGACUGCAGAAAAAAAAACAAGAAGAGAAAGACGAUAAAACGGCCUUGGACUUCUUAACGCCAUUUCUGCUCAUUUGCUCUUUUUCACUGUACAGUGCAGAAAUGAUCUUGAGGGAGGGAAAGGGGUUUGUGUGGAGGGGGGAGGGUGAGCGAGAAAAGACGAGGAGAGGCGGGACCUGGAGGCUGAGUGUGCGUGGGACAGCCACCGCGUUCAAGUCCCGCAGCCCGCCGCUGCCACCACCCACACAGCUGCAGGAGCACGGUCUCAUCAGAAUAACUCCCAGUUCGUCUUCUCCGUUUGUGUGCACGCUUCAAGCAAACUCUUGCUAGGGUUCCCCUUGUCUGCAACCUCUCUCUCUCUCUCUCUCUCUCUCUCUCUCUCUCUCUCUCUCUCUGUCUCUCUCUCUCUCUCAUGCUCUGUUUGAGGAGGCAGCUUUGAGCCUCAGGUUGGGGUCCAUUUUUGGGUGGGUGGGGUUGGGGUCAAAGGUGUGAAUAGCUUUAUGCUGCUUCUAUCAGCUCUUGACUCGAGGAGCUGAGGUCAGCCGACGCGCCGGGCAAAACGGAACGAUCCCCAGCGAAGCUAAAUUAAAAAAAUACAAAUCCUAGCCUUAAAUCUGCCUCAUUAAAAUAAUCCACACACCGUCCGUCUGUCUGUAAAUGUUUUCAGCAGCACAGCUGCCAAACUGACUCUUCUACAUUAAAAACAGGAAGAAAUAGAGCAUCAGGUGAGCGGAGGAGCUAAGUGUGUUAGCCUUUGAUAUCGAUUAGCUUUAGCAUAGCUGAAGAUGCACUAAUCAGACUUUUGUGCCAGAUGUUUGAUGUCUGGGAUUGUUUGUAAAGCUUUACCUACCAAAACCAAAAUUUCCCAGUUCCAAUUUCUGUUCAAGAAAACGAUAUAUGGUGUUUAGUUCUAGCUAGCUUUAUUCUAGUUUAUAUUAGAAAUGGCGGUGACAUUGUUGACUACAUAUGUUUUAAAACAAAGACAAACUCCUUACAAAGCUGACAUUUUCCAUAUUUUGUUGGCAGCUAUCAUAGCUAGCUUGUGUCUGUUAUAGACAAGCUGAACCCUUUCGUAUCUUCCAUGACGGCUACAAGUGGAAAGCAAAGAAAAUAUAAAAACAAAAAAAACUUCAGCGUGUUCUGCUCAGGAUUCUUGUUUUCUGCUGAAAGUCUUGCUCUCAAGUCGACAUUUUUGAAUUUCCUCCAAGACCGGUACAUGAUCACAACAGUCAUGCACCAGUGGGAUGGGAAUUGGGAAAUUUCAGUCACCAGACAAUUUUCUCCUCAGUUCAUCUGUAGUUUAAGUGAACACAAAACUCUGCAGACGAUCAUAAGUUGUAAAAAUAAGAUCUCACCAAAGAGAUAAAACUUUAACGUUUUGCUGUAAGCUUUCUCCUCUGUAGCUUUAUUGAGAGAAAUUAGUCUUAUGUGAAAAAAAAAUCUAAAUAUUCCCCAUUUUUUACAAGUUAAACUGAUUGAAUGUCUCCAUUUUGCACUAUGUGAAGCGUCCGUGUCUUAUAAAGCCCACUGCACAUCCAACAUAAUGAUGUGGCCCUGAUGAAUGUGUCGCCAUGGAGCUUUUCCCCCCUCCUCAGUGUGAGCGAAUGAACGUCCGUUCGCCCCGCGUUCUGCUUCCUCAGCUCCGCUCGCUCUCUCAGCGCUUUUGCGGUUUACUCACAAAUUGUUCUUUUGUUUUGUUUUGGGUUUUUUUUUUAAAUAAAAAGACUAGACAAUGUAUUUGACUGAAUGAACCCACAUGGAAUGGUGGUGGGGGGUUGAAUGUGUGUUUUUAAGUCUUGCUUUUGCAGGAGUUUGUUUUGGGGAGGGGGCAGAGGGUCUUUGUGCUCUGUGGGUGGGGCUGUUUCUCAGGGGAGCGGCUUGUUUCCUUAAGGUAGCGAACGCACAUUUGAAAACUAGAACGUCAGUCGGGUGCUGGUUGAAUACCGAUCCACACGGCGCCGGGUCCCCAGUUUUGAUCACACUGCAACGUCACUGAACCUAACCCAAGUAGUUUUGGUCGAGUUUCUCCUGUAAAUAUCUGUGUGCUUUUAAAUAAGACAAAACUAACUUGCAAGUAAAUUUUCAACAUGAUAUAGAAAUUUGUUUUAAGUCAUUAAUUAAUAUUGAUGAAAAAGUGUUGGCUGUAAGUGAAAUAAUCUGCCACUGGCAGGUUAAUUCACUUAUAGCUAGUACUUUUUCAAUAAGGCAAUAUUGACUUGUAAUGAGUUCUUAUUUCAUGUUUAAAAUUUACUUGUAAGUUAGUUUUGUCUUAUUUCAAGUGUACUAAGAUAUUUGUACCACAAACUAGAUCAAAAAUACUUCUGUUUCUGUAAAAAAUAAAUUAACAAGAUGCUCUCUUCUUGGUCACGACUUGAACAUUUUUGGUAAAUUCGACAUUGCAAAGCUCCCUAAUGGGAUCAUCAGCCUGAUGAAAUCUUUCUUGUGUAACUAAGCUGACCCGGUUGGACUCGGCGGAGUGUGUGGAUCCUUUUCUUUUUCUUUUUGUUGUUUCUUCCGGUCCUGAAUGUCUCUUCUUACCAGUGGGACGUUUCGAACUGGAGGGAAUCCCCAUCCUGAGACACCAGUCUGCUGUUCCUCACUGUUUUGCCGCUUGAGAAUGUUCUUUAGUUUUUGUAUUUUUUUUAUCAACUCCAGGAUGUUCCCAGCUUGUCGCGUUCUUCUGGGAUCACUUAAAAACCUAAGGGGAUCGGUUUUAUGCAGAAGACAGCCAAGCGAACUGAGUUAAUAAUGAUGCAGCAUUAAAAGGGUAAACCAAUUCUUUAAUUUCUUAGUAAAAGCCACCUUGGUUUACCCCUAGAAUGAUGCGCCCUCUGUCCUUACCAGCGGACCACCCCACACCCACCCAGAUCCCCAGGUCUCCACACUGCAAAAACUCAAAAUUUUACAAUCUUUUUCUUUUUUUUUUUUUGUUUAUUUCUAGCGCAAAUAUCUUAGUACACUUGAAAUAAGACAAAACUAACUCACAAGUAACUUUUCAGCAAAACAUAGGAGCUUGUUUUAUUUCAAUAAAUCCUUAAAAUACUAGUUCCACUGGCAGAUUAUUUCACAUGUAACUUGGGGGCGGGGGGACGACCUCUUGUCAUAAGUGAAAUAAUCUGCCACUAAAACUAAUACCUUUUUAAAUUUAUGUUCAAGAGUUAUUGACUUAAAACGAGCUACUAUGUUUUGCUGAAUAGUUACUUUUAAGUUGUUAUUUCAAAUGCACUUUCCGACGCUCUAGAAAUCAACCCAAAAAUUCCUGGUAAGAUUUAGAGUUUUUGCAGUGCAGGUCUCUCUGACAUGCUGGCACUAUGGGUCUGUAUAGCCUUGAUAUUUACUACUGAGUCCUCCAUUCUGUAUAGGUGAGAAGAAUACGAUCGCAUGGAACCUUGUUACUGUAAUAAUAACCUAUACAGUAUGUAAUAUUUAAUUUUUUUGUUCUUACGUCAUACGUUCCACAGACAGACUUGCAAGGAAAAGUUUUUUUGCUUUGUUUUUUUUAACGUCUCCGUUGAGCACAUGGUUAAGGAUCUGUAUUUUUUUUUUUUUUUUUUUUCAUGUGUGCGUACAAUACAAUGUCAUUUCCUCACUGUUUUUGUUUCGUUUUUACAGGUACUGUCUCCCCCUCACCCUUUUUUUUUCUCUUUACUGUAGAGAGAGAGAAAAAAAAGCAAAAAUAUAAAAUUAAGAUAGAGAAGAAUAGUGCUUAUGUUUGUUAGUGGCAAUAACGUGAAUCAUUUCAGCGAGGGCUAUCUGGUGUGGGAACGCUCAACAAGCUGCUGACGAGCCGUGUCUGGUUUACACCGAGCGCCGAGCAGCGAUGAAGUCCUGAUGUUUUAUGACUGUACAUUGUUGGUGAGGAACUGGGCUCUGGAGAACCGCCGCACUCUUUCUCCGUAACUCGUUGUACGGCACUUCCGCUUUAAGUCCCGACUUCGGUCUGAAAACCGGAAAGGCGUCAAGAACAAUCCGGCUGUGUACAAUUUUUCCGAUUGGACGGGCGAGGCGUCUCCAGAGCCUGAGUUUCACCUCUGAGAAAUAAAAGGAGAAAAAAAAAAGGAUUCUCUGUGUUGCCUUGUUAAUAUUAAUUGUGGACACAUAAUUUUAUAAACAGAGAUGUGGAAAUAAAGAUUAUUUAUCUUGUUAUUUA